AUGAACAUGAACGUCGCAGCAAUGAGAGAAAAUGGCGAAAAAGGAGUUAGCAUACAGAACGUCGAGUGGGAUUCGGACGGAUAUGCUGAACUGGACAUUGGUGGGUUGGUGGGUAUUAAAGCCGAAGUCUCUUUGGGGAAUCAAUGGGAAACACAAGGCAACUCAACAACACUGUGUGUUUUCAAAGAAAGUCAAACGUAUCCGCGCGGGUCUGCGCAGCAUUCCAGUUUUGCGGUUGAAAUGGCCUUUUUGUCCGGAAUCUUACAAUUGUUGGAGGGUGGAAUGAUCCUUAUGAUUGCAGAACAGCAGGUGGGCGGCCAGCGUUUACCUAUUGUGGGGUCGAGGGGCAGCUCUCUGGAGAAGCGCGCUUACAUAAGCUGGAUCAAAAUUGUCCAGUUGUCGACCAAGUCGCUCGCAACUUCUUUGGAUUGA